AUGUCUUUAAUCCUGAGGCCUUUGAAAUGGUUCUAUUAUGAAUUCGGCAUCGCCUCGAUUCACUAUACAGGUCGAGAUGCAUAUCUCAUUAUCCUGGCCAGAACUUGCCGCAUGUUUGCCUAUGGAACCAAUUCAUUGAUCUUAGCCAUCUUCUUCUCCGCUCUCAAGUAUUCCGAUCAUCAAAUCGGUAUCUUCAUGACUCUGACAUUACUGGGAGAUGUAUUUCUCGGUACAUUUCUUACGUUGAUCGCCGACCGCGCGGGACGAAGAAAAGUUUUAAUGGGCGGAUCAUUCUUGAUGAUCUUGAGCGGCGCCAUUUUCGCCAUCUUUGAAAACUUCUGGGUCUUGCUCCUUGCAGCAAUAUUAGGAGUCAUCAGCGUAACCGGUGGCGACUUUGGACCCUUUCGAAGUAUAGAAGAAUCAGUCUUGUCACAACUAACAACCCCUUCCACGAGAGCAGAUGUUCUGGCUUGGUAUGUGACGACCUCGACCAUUGGGUCGAGCAUUGGAAGCGAAGUGUCCGGAAGAAUCGUCCACUUCUUCCGCAAUCGAGAUGGAUGGACUCCCGUCGAUGCCUACCACAUUUUAUUCUGGAUCUACACUGCCAUGGGUGUCGUGAAUGCGAUACUAGUUUUGACCUUGACCGAGGCCUGUGAGAUGCAGAAUACGGAAGAGAAAUACUCCCAACUUCCACAAGAUGAGGAGGAAGAUGUCGAGGCUCUCGAGCGAGAGCGACAUGACAUUCCAGAGAACGAGGCAAUCCCUCCGCCUUCGCCUCCUCGAACCUUCAAGCCGAAGACCUGGACCAAAGCUUGGUUCACCAGGUGGUUCGCGCGUAUCUCAGCGCCAACUCGAUCCAUCAUGUACAAGCUCUGGUUCCUCCUCGCUGUCGAUUCGCUAGCCGAUGGAAUGGUGCCGUACUCUUUAACCAACUAUUAUAUGGACAACAAAUUCCACCCUGCCAAAUCUACUCUGGGUGACGUGACCUCCGUGAGUUACUUCCUGGGUGCAAUUGGUGCCGUAUUCGCGGGUCCUCUGGCGCGAAAGAUCGGACUCAUCAACACCAUGGUCUUCACGCACGUUCCGAGUUCCGCGGCCGUGCUCUUCUUUCCAUUUCCUCCCUUUUUCUGGAUGACAGCAGCUCUCCUCAUGAUCCGAGCGGGACUCAACAAUAUGGACCAAGCACCUCGCUCCGCAUUCAUUGCGGCGGUGGUGAAACCCGAAGAACGAACCGUCGUGAUGGGCAUCACGAGCAUGCUUCGGAAUCUGGCUGCGAUGGCUGGCCCCACACUCACGGGGGCGCUCGCCGCCAAUGAGCAAUUUGGCAUCGCCUUUGUGGUCGCCGGCGCCUGCCGGUUGGCAUACGACUUUGGCCUCUACGCCUUGUUUGUUAAUAUGAGACUCUAUCAGCACGAAAGCAAUUCUGACGAUAGCCAUGAUCACAACCCACGAGCUAACAUCAGGACCGAACAGCAUAACGAUGAGGACACAGUAGAGAUGCAGAGCCUCGUUGGUUCUGAUGAUCAUAACAGUAUCGAAGAGGGUGGGGAGGAGAACAGAAUGGGACACAAAGAACAGCAGGUAAAUACCGGUCUGCACAUACCCAUCGCGGGUGACAGGGUUAGGAGUCGAAGUCCACAUCGAUCAAUGUCUGCAGAUUAG